UACCAACCGUACAAUUAUACAAUAAUUAAUAAUAGUUAGUUACAACUUUUUUUUUAUUUAUUUGAAUUAAUGUUAAAAGCUAAAUAAAGUAAAUCGGUUUCAAACGGAACAACACGUAUGCAUUUUCCUUAAUUUGUAUGAUAAAUUAUUUGACUGGAGCCCUCUACAAAUAUAGUUUCCUAAAUUAAAUGUAUCCCGCCGAGUUUUCCGGGUUAAUUAUUUAUGUUGCUAUAUUUCAGCAAAGCUAAAACACAAUUUCUAUGAUAUAACAGCCCACAGGUAAUGGUAUACUGCGCAAAUUUUGAAGUUAUGGUAUAAUAAUAUAGUCAUUGCGGUGUACACAAACAUUAAAACCACAAUGUGAAUAUUAGUGCAACAAGGUCUGUUAUAGUUAUAGCAAUAGCAUUCUGUAGUAUAAUGUUAAGUAUAGAUUAUGGUUAACAGUUUAUUGUUUGCGUUAUUUUGAAAAAUCAACCAACAACAAAUACAUAAUAUUAUGUAUAUACCAUAGUUAUUAUCCUUGAUGGUUUUAUAAUAAUAAUAAUAAUAUAUUAUAUAGAGAGAGUUUAGCAGUUUAGCUUACAAUUAUAUAUCAACACUUUUUUUUUAUCACAAGUCUGUGAGUUUUGUGGUGCAUACAGUUAAACCAUUAAUACAUUUUUUAUGAAAACAAUAAACUGUGUUACUUUUUUUUAAAUAAGCACAUAGGUAAAGUUCUUACAUUAUCAUUGAUGUAUACCUACUGUAUAAGUAUCGAUUUACUAAGUACCUAUAAUAUUUGAUAAUGAAAACAUAAUAUUAGAAACCAAAUAAAGAUUUAUGAUAUUAUUUGUUUUCAUUAAAUUAUACAAUACGUACCUAGGUACUAUUGACGUCACAAGUAUUUAAUCUACAAAGAACAUUUCCAGCGAAAGCGAUAAUUUUUUUAUACCUUUUGGUAGGUAUAUCUGCUAAAAUGAUGACAUAAUCAAUUUUCUAUUGUUUCAGUUCCAAAAUAGAUACCUACAUAAAUUCAAUAAAAAAAAAGGUUCAGUAUUCCUUUAGGUCCACAUUAUACGGGUUCAACAAUCGAAAAUCAGUGCACAUGAAGAGUAGUUGGCUAGGAGGUGGAUUGGACUGCAAUUUAAAAGACAAAGUUCUAGUAAUUUGAUAAAUUGAAGGUCAUUAUAUUUAUGUCGUACAAAUAAUACACGUACCCAUAUUACUCAUCGAAGCGAAAACCAUUUAAGGAAAAUGUACUAUGUAUUUGUUUUUGCAUCACUUUCGUGAGCACUACAACAUAGAUUAUUAUUUAUAUUUUUUUUUUCAAAAUGUACCUAAUGACAUUAGUAAAAUCAUUAACUGUAAUGCAUUGUAGGUGAUUACUUAAGUGUUAUGUGUUUUAAACGUUCAAAAGUUUUUUUUAAAUUAAAGUUUUUAAGUUUUAAAAAUAUUUUAAAAUAAGUCGUGAUUAUCUAUCUAAUAAAAGCAUGAAUAAAUUACAUAUUUUACACGUCCGCUUUCAAGAUUCACUGUAUUUUUAAAGAUUGAACAUUUUGAAUUUUAAACAAAACAUAGCUUUUCAAAUUCGUUAAGUCAGACAAAGGUAAAAGAUAUAUUCAAUUUUGUGGUGGUGAAUCCUACUUAUAAUAUAGGUAGGUUUCAUGUGGGUACCUGCGUAUACACUAUAUAUACAGUCGUACACGAUGAUAUGCGAACUUAUUCACACCACGUGCUGAUGUUAAAAUCCCUGGGGAUGCCUUAGGGUUGAAUAAAAUUUAAUAACCUAUUCCAAUGCAGACAGUUGUAUUAUAAUAGCGAGUAUACAGUUUGUUAAAGAUAGUUUUAGAACUGCAAAUAGUGAUAAAUAGAGUUUACUUCGUCUCGAGUUUCAACCGAGAGUUAUCAUAAACGUGUAUACGUAAAACUGUAUAUGUAGUAUAAGUGCUCAGUAGGUACAUUAUAAAAAAAUCUAUACUCAAAUUAAAUACUUAUUUAUAAAACUCUUAUUUAUUAAUUUAAAGGAUUAAAAAAAAAAAUUGAGAAAAUUAAUGUGAUCAAAAGCGUUUAAAGUUAAUUCUUUUUUUAAAUGAUUGAUAAGUCAGCUGAGGUUAGGUUAAUAGUAUAAAUAUUUAUCCAGAUGUAAUUAAUAUUAUAAAUGUUCAUAAAUUAAACAAAAAAUAAAUUCACAUAUUGAGUACACAGUACACAAUCUUCCACAUAGUUAUAAUUUUACGACAUUACGUAACACAUGGAAAUAUUUUGAAAAAAUUGUAUAUGUUUUCUAUUCACAACAAGAAUGUUACCUGGUGGGCAGUGUCUUCACUACAAAGCAGACAUACCUAUGGUCGAUUCCUCAGUAGGGUCGUUGAACUGGGGUUGCUAAACGAAAAAUGGUGUUUAUACGGUUAUUAUACUGAAUGGAGUAACUAUAUAGCAGUGGCGAAUGCUGACUUCGAUGUAUGGGUAUGCUCAUUUAUCAUAAUGUAUUAUAGUUCUAUUUAAUUUAUAUAUAAUACUUUAAUUUAAUUAAUAUUAAUUAUAUUACUUUGUUUUCAAUUAUAUUACAAAAUUCCUUGACGAAGUGCAACCGACUGAGCAUGCCUUGGGUGGUCAGUACCGCAACUAAAUCGGUAGCGAUAAUAAGCGUCGUAUAACUUGCGCAUUACACCACGCUAGCCCACGAUAAUACCUACCUACUCGAAAAUCGUAUCACAUAGGAUGUAAUAAUUUAUUUCGCGAAACAAACAGGUCGCAUAGGCGGAAAUCCACUAUCAAUCAAUUCCAAUCCAACCCCACCAACCUGCACCCCCUAAAUAAUAAAAUAACUUUCAGGUUUAUACUUGAGUGGUAUAACUAAACAAUAAGAAUUUAAUAAAUAAUACGUACCUAAAUCAACAAAUAUCAAUAUGUCAAAUGUUCAAGACAAGAAGUCGUCAGAUAUCAAGUUGCUAUCCACGCCCAACUUGAUGGUACAGCCUGUCGACGAUCAUCGAUCAAACAUACUGAAACCGUCGGAUAACAGCGAUGUCCAUAGUUUGCUGGUGCAGCUCAAGAGAUCUAUGUCUUUACCUAAUAUGGUCGUCCGUGAAAAUUCUUCGGACGAUGCUCCCGAAAUUGGAUUGUUGUUUGUUACGUCCGCGGAGUUUCCAGUUUCGACGGAUUCGCCAUCACGAGCUGAAUCAUAUGUUUUGGCAUUGAUGCCACCUGCCACUGCAGAAGAUGACUGCUGGAUCGAGACGCCGUUAUCUGUCUCGUCGCCGUUGCCACGAGUAGAAGCCGGAGUAACGGAUACGGUAACCAUCAGUGACCGCAGUGUCGCGGGUGUGACAGGAAAAUGAUACCUCCUAAUUAUUUUACUUCCCGGGGGUAUGAUUUUCCUAGGUUAAUUGUACCCCUGGUACAAAUAUCCUAGAAUAUUUAUACCCCCCAAAAUUAUAUAGCGGGGGUACAAAUAUCCUAGGAUAAUAAUACCUCCAUGGGGGUAUAAAUAUUCUAGUUUUUUCAUACCCCCGGUAUGAUAAUCCUAGGAAACCUGUACCUCCCGAUAUUUCAUACCAGGAGGUAUGAAUAUUCUAGGAAUUAUAUACCCCCGGUAUGAUAAUCCUAGGCAUUCAAUACCUCCCAAAAUCUCAUACCGGGGGGUACGAAUAUCCUAGGAUAUUUAUACCUCUCAAAGUUUCAUACCGGGGGGUACGAAUAUCCUAAGCGUUCUAUA